AAAAACUUGAAAAUAAUACAUCCACACACAAAUACAAUAUAACACAAAUUAACAAAAAAUAUCUCAUUUUUUGAAAAGGUGAUAAUUAUUAAGUGGAUCUUACGAUAAAAUGAAUAUAAGAUAAAACACGGUACAUAAUUAGUUUCAAUUAUACCGGGAAUAUCAUUAUGACAUUUCUUAUGAAAUAUCCCUCGUAAUCUGCUGCAGCUUCCCACAAAUAUGGAGACGCAUGUCUCCUUAAUAAAGAUCAAUAAAAUCCCGAAUGAUGGGAAUGCGAUGUAGUAGGGGUUCAUUCAUAAAAAUAGGUCCCCGUUAAGUUCUCACUGUUGUCCCAAAAUAUGUGACGUUGCGUCAUCCACCCCUCUAAACCAUCCAGUUAGUAUAAAAAAUUAUUUAACCACAUAAACAAUAAAUCGUGAUUAGUGAAGAAGUGCAACAGCUUACAACAGGUCGAUAUUGUUUGAAAAAUAUAUUUUUUUUGCCUAUUGAUCUUUAUGUAAUUAGGCCUAAAUACAACGUUUUAUUAAAAUAUAAGCCAGAAAAAUUAGUAACUGUAAACAACAAAAUGAUCGCUAACAAAAAUAUUGGCGAUAAUAGCUAUAUUUUAGAUAACAGAAGUCAGUAUCAACCGUUUUCCGAUGAAAGAGGCAGUAGCAUAGAUUCCCAUGAAAAUGCGUUCGAUGAUAUGAAGCAAUUGAUUACCAAUGAAGAAAACGAAAAGAAAUCUUCUCUUCAUUAUGCCAGCUUCAACUUCAUUAAUUCGAUUAUAGGAAGUGGAGUAAUAGGUAUUCCCUAUGCUUUCCACGAAGCCGGCUUCGGCUUCGGCUUGGUCCUACUAAUAUUCGUCGCCUACGUCACGGACUAUUCUCUGAUCCUGAUGAUAAAAGCUGGACACAUAAGCGGGAGGUUUUCCUAUCAAGGAAUUAUGGAGGCGGCUUUUGGUAGGGCCGGAUACAUUCUGCUCGGAGUGUUACAAUUUUUUUAUCCCUUUAUAGCUAUGGUAUCGUAUAACGUCGUCGUGGGCGACACAGUGACAAAAGUGAUAGUCAGAUUAACCGACAUAGGGCCAAAUAAUAUUUUCGCCAAGAGGGAGAUUAUCGUUUUGAUAGCGACUAUUUUUAUUACUAUACCGCUUUGUUUGUACCGAGACAUCUCGAAACUGGCGAAGAUUUCCUUCUUCAGUUUAGUCUGUAUCGGAUUUAUAUUGUUCUCGAUCAUGGUGAGAAUCGGAAGUGUUAGUGCAAUAGUACCUGAGAAUGAACAUUCAUGGAGAUUUUUUAAUAGUGACAUUAUUCCAGCAAUAGGAAUCAUGGCGUUUGCGUUUAUGUGCCACCACAAUACUUUUCUAAUCUACGGCUCGAUAGCAGACGCAUCCGAGAAGAAAUGGGAAACCGUAACUCAUGCCUCUAUUUUAACCAGUUUAGUGGUUGCAUGUUUAUUCGGUAUAGCCGGAUAUGCCACUUUUAAGGCAUACUCACAAGGUGAUUUGUUGGAGAAUUACUGUUGGGACGACGACCUUAUGAACCUGAGCCGGCUUCUAUUUAGUAUUCAGAUACUUUUGACUUAUCCGAUCGAGUGUUUCGUUACGAGGGAGGUAAUAGAAAACUCCAUCAUAGGAAAAGACCCGAAUGUUCCAAUGUCUCAAAAGAUUCAUUACGGAUUAACUUUAGCCAUCGUAGUCACUACCUAUUUAAUCUCAAUGGCCACAGAUUGUCUGGGGGUCGUUUUGGAACUUAAUGGUGUUCUAGCAGCUGUACCUUUAGCCUACGUCCUACCCGCCCUUUGCUAUCUUCGUCUCGAAGAGGGUGUCGUAUUCGGUAGGGAGAAGUUGCCCGCAUUGGGAGUCGCCAUUUUUGGACUCACAGUCGCGGCCCUCGGUGUCAUUUUUUUAUUCAUGGACUUGGAUCAAGUGAAUCAAUGCAGUCACGGGCUCGUUAUGGAGUAUUGUAAAACCGUAAACGAGACCUCAUCGGAAAAACCAUAAUAAUGUUAUUAUUACGUAAACCAAUUGCCCUCAAUUUCAGACAAAGACAGUUUAAUUUAAUUUCAAUGUAAUAGUUGCAAAAAACUUAUUUAUUAAAAGGCCUGCAUUAGUGAUAAAAAUCAAAAAAUAUUUUAUUGCAGUAAAUAAAUAUGAGCAGCCAUGAUAUUUAUUUACGAGUUAUUUUUUAUACAUUUCUCAUUCAGUCUCUAUUUAUAGAAAUAAGCCUAACUAAUGUAUUAUUGUAGUUUUAAAAUUGUAUAUAGAAGAAUAAUAAUUUGUUUCCUAUAUUUAAUGCAAAUAUAUAUUUUACGUGCACUAAACGAUUAUUAUAGUAAAAAGAAAAAUUAUAUUUAUUGUUACUUUGAACUUAAUUGUGAUUGUA